CGUGGAGUGCCUGAGAGAAAAUAAAAGCGAUAGCAUGGUAGACUGAUUUUUGGUAGGCUGAGAUUAGUGUUUUGAAGAGAACUGGACGUUAUUGUUUGUUUCUUUUGUUUUCCACUAUCAUAAGUAAUUAGUCAUUGGAUUCUCCCAACUUUUAUUAUACUUGUAGAGUUUGUUACGCUUACGUUAAACUUGUGUUGUUGUUAGCAACUUAGCUAACACGCUAUAGCUAGCUGUAGUUUUACUUUAUUGUCAGUUUGUCGUGUUACCCAAAUUGGGAUUCUGCUUAGCUACAUCACUGAAUUAGACAUUAGGUUAAUUAUCUUUUAUCCUCUGAACAUCAUCAUGCCUAAAGGAGGAAAGAAGGGUGGACAUAAGGGUCGGAUGAGAACGUACACAAGUCCUGAAGAGAUAGAUGCUCAGAUGAAAGCUGAAAAAGAACGAAAAAAGAAUGAAGAGGAGGAAGAAGGAGGAGCAGUGAAUGAUAUGAAGGAUGACAAAUUGGCAGGAUCAGGUUCAGAGGACAGUGAUGAUGAAAGCUCUCACAAAAGAAAAGGUGUGGAGGGAUUAAUAGACAUUGAAAACCCUAAUCGUGCUGCUCAGAAAACCAAGAAAGUAACAGAACUAGAACUUGAGGAACCCAAACAGCUUUCUAGAAGAGAGAGAGAGGAGAUCGAAAAACAGAAGGCCAAAGAAAGAUACAUGAAGAUGCAUUUAGCAGGAAAGACAGAUCAAGCCAAAGCAGACUUAGCCCGGCUUGCGAUAAUUCGAAAGCAACGUGAAGAGGCUGCAAAGAAAAAAGAAGAGGAAAGGAAAGCAAAAGAAGCAGCACAAGCAGCACAGGCAGCAGCAAAAGGACUUCAUACACUGUCCCUGAAAUGAUAGUAACAAUAAAAUCAGAAAAGUUUUAAAGAACUGCAGUAUACAAAUAUAUGUAUAUUGAUAUAUAUUUUCGGGGACACGUUUUAUUGUGAUUGUGUUAUGCUUUGUAAGACAUUACAAUGCAACAUUUCAUUGAAAAGGGAUAUUUAUGCAUUCUCAACGCUAACCUUGAAAGGCAGAAAUUGAUGCUUGGGAGUAGGUCAGGGAGUUUUCUGCAAUGUAGUUAAAUGACAAUGCAUAGAUAGUUAUUUAAUGAUACUAAAUAAAUAAAUAAUUUUAUUAAUAUAUUGUGUUGGAAUUGCCAUGUCAGAUUGAAUGAACUGUAAGAUGUCAUAAAAAAAAAGAUAAUUACUUUAUGAAUAUGGGGCAUCCAGAUUUUUUUCCUCAAUAAGCAAUGUAAUAAUGUAUUAACAACAGUGAGUAUCAGCACACCAUCGCAAUUUCUGCUUAUUAUGAGAUAUACUCUAUGCUAUCUCUGAAUGUAUACCUCUCUUGUUUUUGAAGCCUGCCACACAACUUUAUUUUCCAUACUCAUACUUUAUUAAUGCGUAGCCUUCUGCACAUCUCGGUUACCAUAUUCAUGAGAUCAGUAUAUUCACCGGGUUUGUUUAAAAAUAUUACAGAGAGCAUUCUAAUAAAGUGACUAUGUUCAUUUAAAAAUAAAAAAUAAAUUUAAAAAACUGCACACUAUACAUUUUUGUACAGGAAUUUUAGGAAAUAAAGAGAAAUGGAACAUG